AUCCCCCAAACCCCCCAGGAGCUGUAAUGAUGUCAUAUCCGUUAUCCAGGUCUCCACACCUCUCUCAGCACUUACUCCCUUUUUCUUUCUCUUGGUCAAAACUUUUGAGGUGGGCUGGCUGUCUAGCAGCGGGGAAGAGGUUAGACUGUGGCUCCCGGGCGGGAGGCGCUUCAGUACCUCGGCCAGCGCCCACUGCAGCCCAAUCCGCCCUCUGGAGCUCCCGGGACUCGCAGCUCUGAGAACGCCUGCGGAAUGAUCGCCCCCCAGGGCGGCUGCCUCUGCUGCUGUUACUGCUGCCGCUGCCGCCACCGCCUCUGCCUCCACUCUGCUCUGACUGGCAGGCAGAAAGUGCAACUGACGAGGGAAGGGUCUCCGCAGUGAGAGCGGAGUGGCUACAUAAAAGAGAGUACAGAGGGGACAGAAACCCAGAGCAGAAUGCAGGCGACGUCCAAGCUUCUCAAUCUCCUGCUGCUGUCUUUGCUGGCUGGAUUAGACCCUUCCAAGACUCAGAUUAGUCCCAAAGAGGGGUGGCAGGUAUACAGCUCUGCACAGGACCCUGAUGGGAGAUGCAUUUGCACAGUGGUUGCUCCAGAACAAAAUCUGUGCUCCAGGGAUGCCAAAAGCCGGCAACUUCGCCAACUGCUGGAAAAGGUUCAGAACAUGUCCCAGUCUAUUGAAGUCUUAAACUUGAGAACACAGAGAGAUUUCCAGUAUGUUUUAAAAAUGGAAACGCAAAUGAAAGGGCUGAAAGCCAAGUUUCGGCAGAUUGAAGAUGACCGGAAGACACUAAUGACCAAGCAUUUUCAAGAGCUGAAGGAGAAGAUGGAUGAACUCCUGCCUUUGAUCCCUGUGUUGGAGCAGUACAAAACAGACGCGAAGCUGAUCACCCAGUUCAAGGAGGAGAUACGGAACCUGUCUGCUGUACUCACUGGGAUCCAGGAGGAGAUAGGUGCCUAUGACUACGAGGAGCUGCAUCAAAGGGUGCUCAGCCUGGAAACCAGACUCCGGGACUGCAUGAAGAAGCUAACAUGUGGCAAAUUGAUGAAAAUCACAGGCCCCAUUACAAUCAAGACAUCUGGAACUCGAUUUGGUGCUUGGAUGACAGAUCCUUUAGCAUCUGAAAAAAAUAACAGAGUCUGGUACAUGGACAGUUACACUAACAAUAAAAUUGUUCGUGAAUACAAGUCAAUUGCAGACUUUGUCAGUGGGGCUGAAUCAAGGACAUAUAACCUCCCUUUCAAGUGGGCUGGAACUAACCAUGUGGUCUACAAUGGCUCACUGUAUUUUAACAAAUAUCAGAGCAACAUCAUCAUCAAAUACAGUUUUGAUAUGGGGAGAGUGCUUGCCCAGCGAAGCCUGGAGUAUGCUGGUUUUCACAAUGUUUAUCCGUACACAUGGGGCGGAUUCUCUGACAUCGACUUAAUGGCUGAUGAAAUCGGACUGUGGGCUGUGUAUGCAACGAACCAGAAUGCAGGCAAUAUUGUCAUCAGCCAGCUUAACCAAGAUACUUUGGAGGUGCUGAAGAGCUGGAGCACUGGCUACCCCAAGAGAAGUGCAGGGGAAUCUUUCAUGAUCUGUGGGACACUCUAUGUCACCAACUCCCACUUAACUGGAGCCAAGGUGUAUUAUUCCUAUUCCACCAAAACCUCCACCUAUGAGUACACAGAUAUUCCCUUCCAUAACCAAUACUUUCACAUAUCCAUGCUUGACUACAAUGCAAGAGAUAGAGCUCUUUAUGCCUGGAACAAUGGCCACCAGGUCCUUUUCAAUGUCACUCUUUUCCACAUCAUUAAGACUGAGGAUGACACAUAGACAAAAGUGAUUUAUUUUUAUUUAUUCAAACACUUCCAUUUAUGAUAAAAAUCUAUAGGACCCUUUCU